AUGGCCGCCGCCGUGACCGAACACACGCGGUUCUUCCCUUCGCACCCCGAUGCGCUGACCGCCGAUGAUUUCGAAACGGCCUCGAUCCGUUCAGCCGCGCCGUCUUACUAUGCGCCUUCCUACCAUUCGACUGUGCCAAACCCCGAGCCCAUUCCUCCCUACUCGCCGCCGGCCAACAAUAGCAAUGUCAGCCGCGGCACCCAUGGAUCCACUCAGUAUCCGAGCUCCCUGCUUCCUGCCGCCCCGGCCCCGAGCCGCUCUGGCAACUCGACUCCCCAGCCCCACCGAACCACCGGUCUGCCACCGAUCCCUCCGGCGGCGGCCAUGGCGCCACGACUCGAUCAGUUCCGCAUCCCGACCUGGUCGACCGUGCACACAAACCCGACCCUCAACAACGUCGCCCGACGACGCAUGAACCAGGGUGCUGACCCGGUCGCGCACCUCCGGCGCUUCAUGUCUGAGCGCAUGGCCGAAGAGGAGGCGGCCCAGCGGGCGAGAGACUUCCGACCGCUCGAGGAUCCGUAUUUGGUUGGAGAAGAGGCUGCCGCAAGCGCUCGCCGGGAGAGACUUGCGCGUGAGUCUGGCGAGGAUAUCCUCUGGGAUGAGGAUCGUCGAUGGAACCGGUUCCUCGACCUGGGAAGACCGCGAACGCAGCUGGAGGAACUUGCGCCAACCGGCGCCUACGCAACAGCGCAGGAAGCUGACUCGUCGCCUUACCGCGCGUCUUUGGUAGAAGGUUUCCAAGUGGCAGCUGCGCAUGUGAUAUGA